CUGAUCAAUGCAGCCUGAUUCUGUAGUCUUUUCUGUAUAUAGAUCAACAAAAACAACUAUUGUUUGUUUUCAUGGCCAUAAAUACAUACAGUGUUGCAAAAGCUCUCAAACAACACUUCCCCACAUACCCCACCCUUUUUCAGUUAUUUUGAUUACUUACUUACCUAAUAUUCUUCAUAGAUGUCACGUAACUACCGACCUCCUAUGAUGGAUUUACGAAGUAAGAUAACUGGUAAAGGUCGGAAGCGUAAGUCCGAUGAUGCGCUGAUGAGUCAAGGGCCAAAACGACGAAGAACGGUACAUAAAGAAGGAACAAACAAUGCGACUCGGCCCAUUGGGUUUAAAGAACUUGAAAACAUCUGUAGAGAAGGAGUUCCAGAAAAAGGCAUUUUAGAAUUGGUUAGCAAGACUGAAAGGUUUGAGGCGCUGUUAGCCUCAGAAGAAAUAAGACCAGAUUUGUUGAAACUUGUGAUUUCUGCAUUUCGUCUUCUGUGCUCAGCGAAUACCAUAAUGAACGAAAACGCGGAGAAGUUCCUACGCUCUAUUGCAGCGAAGAAGUUCAUGACCGGGAAUGUUCUUUCAGAGUUUGUCAACGAGAUGCCUUUUUCAGAAAGCUGGAAAGACGAGAGCGAUCGUGUCGCUGUGCUAAAUGAUCUGGCAGGCAUUUUCCUUGCGCUGCUCCAGAGGCUCGGUGAAAGCAUAGUGCAUAAGCUGCCUCUUCCCCAGCUAAGUACCUCCUGGGAGGAACUGAAAAAGAAGAAUGUCAUUGAAAACACAGGCGAUCUUGACAAGAAAAUCCGACAAGUCUUCGAGUUUAAAGAUCAGGUGAUUCGGCGUGCAAAGUCUGCGCAUGAUCAAGAAUCGUCGAACGAACCUCCGCAGAAUUUCCGAGAGCUCAGCGUCAUUCCACAAUUAUCAGACCUUUGUUUCAGGCCUUUUCUUCGCGAAAACAUCACAGACAGAAAGUUCAGGGACCUGAAUCAUUAUCUUGACGUGCAGUUUCGCCUUCUGAGAGAGGACUUUGUGAUACCCCUUCGAGACGGCAUUAAACAACUGACGAAGGGAAGCAACUACCUGGAUACGAAUCCUGCAAGUAAAGUAAGGCGCACCAAUGACGUUUCUGUAUAUCACGAUGUCACAGUCUUGUUUCCCGUAUGCAGCAGGAAAGGCUUGGUCUACAGAAUCAUGUUUGACUUGUCGCAUCCAAAGGUAAAGCGAGUCAAUUGGGAAAGAUCCAAGCGACUCAAGUAUGGCACGCUGGUUUGCCUUUCUUCAGAUGAGUUUAACACGCUUGUCUUCGCAACGGUGGAAAAUCGAGAUGUUAAAGGGCUCAAAGUCGGUGAAUUGGAAGUGCGAUUUGAAAACGUUGGCAUGGAAGAGAUAAACCAAUUCAUUCAGCAGGAAGAGAAGUUUGUGAUGAUAGAGUCACCUGCGUAUUUUGAAGCGUACAGACACGUAUUGGAAGCCUUGAAGGAGAUCAAACCUGAAGAAUUCCCUUUCCAGAAGCACAUUGUUGAAUGCUGUCAGGACGUUGGCCCUCCUGAAUAUCAAGUCAAGAAAGAAAACAGCAGCGAGUUCAAGUUUAACUUUGCUGAUGUCUUAGUUGUAAAAACGCCAGCAAACCCAGAAAGCCCUGGUUCAUAUCAACAAGAAGAGCCCCAUAGUCCUUCUAUGAUUGCGCUGAAGUCAAGCUCAGAGGAACAUCAGUUAGAAAGCGGCAGCAGCACUGAAGAUUCUUCAACUGACAUGGACGCUCCAAUGGACCAGGAGAUACUUUCGGCUGAAGUCAAACAUGAGUUCACCACUAACGUCUAUAAUUGGCCCGACAACGAAAGCCUGGGCUUUAAUGAAUCACAGAUGCGCGCAUUCAAAUUGGCGCUGACCAGAAAGUUUGCCGUUAUUCAAGGACCACCAGGGACAGGAAAGACUUACGUGGGUUUGAAGAUUGCACGUGUUCUGUUGCAGACAACCUCGCUCUGGGAGGACGAGGAAGACCGGUCACCAAUCUUGAUGGUGUCUUACACGAACCACGCUUUGGAUCAGUUCCUGGAAGGGCUCUUACCAGUGACGAAAGGUGAGAUAGAUCGUAAUUUGUGUCUGAUGGCAUUAGACAAAAAGAAUGCUCGUGAAAGUAGAGAAAUCCCAGGGAGGAUAGCUAGAGCGAGGACAAAAGCUCGAAAGAAAAUGAGAGAGAUUAGAGAAAAUGGACAGCUGGAGCUGUCCAUAAAAGUGCUGAAGUAUUCGAGAAGAGGAAUCAUGUCUUACCACGUACUGAAGCAGUUUAUGUCCGAGCGUCACGCUAAAUGGUUUGAGAAAGAAUUUGAGAGACACGACAAAAGAAGCGCUUCUGAUCUGUUCUGCGAAUGGCUUGGCGUAGAAAGACGUGUGGCUGCUAAAGAUUUCAGAGACCGAGAUGAUUAUGGUCCCCACAAGGACGAUUUCCAGAUGCAGGUAUCCUUUCGGAGCUUCGCAAACGAGGACGAUGUCGAAGAAGACGAAACAAGCAAUGCCAUCAAGCCUUCAGAAGUGGUCAUUUGUGAAACCGAAGACACCAGAAAGCCCACCGAGCUACGCAAAAAUCUUCAAGGUACGGAAACCAUGUCUGAAGACGAAGAAAAGUGUGCAUUCCUUUCUCAGCGUCUAUCGCAGCAGCAUCGCUGGAAUAUUUACAGACUGUGGAUGGAAAGAGCCGAGAAACACUAUUUGCAGCAGGUACAGACGAACCAACCUGAGUACGAAAGGUUGUCGGUUCGCACGAGUGAGUUAACUCAAGAGGAGAACUUGUUUGUUCUUCAGAAAGCACGUGUCAUUGGCAUGACAACUACAGGCGCCGGUAAGCACCGCCGAAUUCUCCAGCGGAUUCGCCCCAAAAUCGUCCUGGUUGAAGAAGCUGCUGAAGUACUGGAGGGUCAUAUUAUUACGUCAUUGACACAGGGAUGCGAGCACUUGAUUCUAAUUGGAGAUCACCAGCAACUGCGACCAACCCCUGCAGUCUAUGAAUUAGCCAAAAAGUACAAACUGGACGUGUCGUUAUUCGAGAGAAUGGUGAAAGCUGGAAUUCAGUGUGAGAGGCUGUCCGUUCAGCAUCGCAUGAGACCUGAGAUCGCUGCCUUGAUGAAGCACAUCUACGAAGAUCUGGAAAACCAUGAGUCAGUGGAGAAAUAUGAAGACAUCAAAGGAAUGAAGAAGAACAUGUUCUUUAUCGCCCACAACUAUUUAGAGAUGUCUUGCGAUCAGACGCACAGUCAUGUUAAUGAGCACGAGGCUAGGUAUCUAGUGGCGCUGUGUCGUUAUUUACUACAGCAAGGCUACAGAGCCCAUCAAAUAACACUUCUGACAACCUACAUGGGUCAGAUGUUCGCCAUUAAAGACUGCCUCCGAGAGGAAGACUAUGAAACGUUGAGAAGUGUCCGAUUGACGACAGUUGACAACUUUCAAGGUGAAGAAAAUGACAUCAUUCUUCUUUCGCUCGUGCGCAGCAACAAAACCGAGAAAGUCGGCUUUAUCAAGAGUGUGAACCGCGCAUGUGUGGCGCUCUCUCGGGCCAAGAAGGGUUUCUACUGUAUUGGAAACUUUGAUCUUCUCUCUAAACACAGUGACAUCUGGAAUAAGAUUGUAGCCGAUUUGAAAGCGAGUGAGAGCAUCGGAAAGGCCUUGCCCCUUGUUUGUCAAAUCCACCAUGAUGAGUUCACAGCUGAAUCAGCCAAGGAUUUCAAUGAGAAAGCUCCCGAUGGAGGAUGCCAGCGACGAUGUGAAGUACGUCUGGAGUGUGGCCAUGUGUGUAGACAGUUGUGUCAUGCACUUGACACCGAGCAUUUGGAGUAUCGUUGUGUGCAGCCAUGUAGCAAGAAAAUCAAGGGCUGUGAUCACGACUGUCCAAAUCUUUGCUGGCAAGAGUGUGAGCGACAUUGCGGAAAACUGGUCACGAAAAAGCUACCAGUUUGUGGCCAUAAUGUACCGGUGAGGUGUGACACGAAUCCGAGGAUGGUGAAAUGCAAAGUAAGGUGCGAGAAAUCCCUCGCCUGUGGCCAUCAAUGUCAAGCCCACUGUGGAGCCCCCUGCACCAAAAAAUGCCAAGAGCUUGUCAAGAGAACCGACUGGCCAUGCGGACAUGGAGCCACAUCCGCCUGCUCGGCCACUCAAGCAGAUUGCGAAGUCCCUUGUGGAGACAAGCUGGAAUGUGGUCACAAGUGCCCUGGUAAAUGUGGAGAGUGUCGCAUGGGUAGAGUUCACAAAGGUUGCAAGCUGAGGUGUGGUCGUCCUCUAAUUUGCUCACAUGUAUGUAAAGAGUUCUGCAGAAUGCCGUGCUAUCCUUGCACAAAGAAAUGUGAAAACCAUUGCGUACACAGCGCAUGCCCAAAACGUUGUGGAGAUCCGUGCGUUCCUUGUCGUGAGAAGUGUUCCUGGGAGUGCCUCCAUUACAAGUGCAGCAAGGAAUGUGGUGAGCUGUGUGACAGGCCCAUCUGCGACGAACCUUGCGAUAAAAUUCUACCAUGCCGCCACAGUUGCCGUGGUUUGAUGUGCGCCAAGGAGUGCAUCUGUACCGAGUGCAUGAAGAAUGACAAUUGCGACCCGAUAACAGAUAUCUUUUUUGGUACAGAGCAAGAUGAAGGCGCCCGGUUUAUCCAGCUUCCAGAUUGCAAGCAUAUCUUCGAAACGAAGGGCCUAGAUAGUUACAUGGGGAUUUCAAAUGGCGACACUGACAUUUCGGAUGAAAGUCACGCCGGUGACAGUCACGCGGAUACUGUGGAUGAGAGUCAACCGAUUCAACUGAAAUCCUGCCCUCGUUGUAAGACUCCUAUCCGCAAGAGCCUGCGAUACGGUAACGUUAUUAAACAGCAGCUCAACGACAUCGAGAAAGUCAAAGAAAAAUUGUUGGGAGAAAAAGAUGAGCUGGAAAGGAAGAAAAAACGCCUCUCUGACCGUCACAGGAGUAUGCGUUCCAUGCUUGACAGUAAUAUGCGUUUCAUGCUUGAGGAUCCAGACUGCAAGAGACUGGAAAGAAGUAUUUGCAAACUGAAUUCGGAAUGGAUGGCGGUUGUGCUUGAAAACAAGUUGACGCUACUGGAACGUUUCUGUAACACAAGGAAGAAAAUGAAAAGCACUCUGGGCAAAAUGUCUUGGGACGUCUUGUCAGAGAAUGGCUUGCAAGGCCAGCAAUUUGAAGAUGAACUGUUGUACCUUAAGAAGCGUUUUAUGUCUGAGGUUGUAACGCAUAGGGAACUACGAGACAUCAACACAGAAUUCUCGAGGCUCAAUCUCCUACUCGAGCUGUGUUUUCUGAUUCACGAAAUCAAGAGCCUGACAGUAGACCUUGAAGAUUCUCACCGUCAGAUGAUGACUGCAGUACAGGAGAAACUGUCCAGCGGUAAGCGCCUGGAAGACGAGAAGCUGGAUGAAAUGAUGAACAAUCUGAAGGCUGUCAGACAAUCUCAUCCCGUAUUGUCUCGUUUGACUGAAGAGGACAAGAAAGUGAUCGUUUCCGCGAUCGGACUAUCCAAAGGUCACUGGUUUAAGUGUCGCAUGGGACAUAUCUACGUCAUAGGUGAAUGCGGCGGUGCCAUGGAAAGAAGCACGUGUCCAGAAUGCGGAGCUGUGAUUGGUGGAGCAAAUCACCGACUGGAUGAAGGAAAUGAGCUGGCUCCUGAGAUGGACGGUGCAAACCAUUCAGCUUGGUCUGAACAGGCAAACUUACAAAAUUAUGAAAAUUUACACGAAAUCGUUUAAGUUGCUCUCGAUUGGAGGAACAAAUUUAAAUAUUCUACCUUCAUGAGUCUUUUUUCCAUUUUAGUACAAUUCUUAAUGAUAUUGUCUAGAACUAGUUCAACAUAAUAACAAUUAGAUUAUGAGCUCGAGAUUUCUAUGAAGUGAUAGUUGAAUCGGCCUUCGGC